CCCCUUAUGCCAAGAGAGCAAGAAUCAAACGUGGGCUCAUCAGCUAUAGCACUCUCCCUCAUGUGCCCUCGAUUGUUCGUCUGCUGUCGGCGGUCAGGUACUGUUGUGUAGCAGCGACGUCGUCUACCAGGCUUUGAAGGCCUGGGUUUGAGAAGAAAGGCCGGAUGGACCAGUACGAGAAAGUUGAGAAGAUUGGUGAAGGAACGUAUGGCGUGGUUUACAAGGCUCGUGAUCGUAUCACUAAUGAGACUAUAGCUUUGAAGAAGAUUCGUUUAGAGCAGGAAGAUGAGGGGGUGCCAAGCACUGCAAUACGCGAAAUUUCACUCUUGAAAGAAAUGCAACAUGGCAACAUUGUCAGGCUGCAGGAUGUAGUGCACAGUGAGAAGCGCUUGUAUCUGGUUUUUGAGUACCUGGACUUGGAUCUGAAGAAGCAUAUGGAUUCUACUCCUGAGUUUGCAAAGGAUCCUCGCCAAAUAAAAAUGUUCCUUUAUCAGAUUCUCAGAGGCAUUGCUUAUUGUCAUUCACAUAGAGUUCUUCAUCGAGAUCUGAAACCCCAGAAUCUGCUGAUAGAUCGUCGUACCAAUUCACUAAAGCUUGCAGAUUUUGGACUGGCUAGAGCAUUUGGUAUUCCUGUUAGGACAUUUACUCAUGAGGUGGUGACUCUCUGGUAUAGAGCGCCGGAGAUAUUGCUUGGUUCCCGCCAUUACUCUACUCCAGUAGAUGUGUGGUCCGUGGGUUGUAUAUUUGCUGAGAUGGUAAACCAACGACCUUUAUUUCCUGGGGACUCUGAGAUUGAUGAAUUGUUCAAGAUAUUUAGAAUCAUGGGUACUCCAACUGAGGAUACAUGGCCUGGAGUGAAUUCUUUGCCUGAUUUUAAGUCUUCCUUUCCUAAGUGGCUUGCUAAGGACUUGGCAACUGCAGUUCCAAAUCUUGAAUCAGCUGGUGUUGAUCUUCUCUCUAAAAUGCUCUGCUUGGAUCCCAGCAAAAGGAUUACGGCCAGGACUGCUCUUGAGCACGAGUACUUCAAAGAUAUUGCCUUUGUACCCUGAUUCCUCCUAUCUUUACUUCCUGGCAGAGAGUGUUUUGUUUAUACUAUAGUGUAGCAUCCUGUGAACUUUGCUUGAAUGAGAAAUGUGUGUUGCUCUUGUGAUUUUUCCCCCUCAUUCCUCAGACAUGGUUCCAAUUAUGUUGAUUUGGCUUUCAGCAGACGUUAACAUCAAUUACAGUCUGCCCUUGGUUUCUUUCAUUUCCCAUUUACGCUUGAAGAUAUACAGUAGUAACAUUUUCUGAGUUGCUUGUAAUUGACGAUACAUAUCCUGUGAGAAACAAUUUUCCCUCGAGGAAUGUAAAGGAUAGGUUUGCUUCUGAUAUGUGGUCAUUUCACUUCAAUGAAAAUGACAUUAUCUCA